AUGGUUGAGAUCAAUUGCCAUAUAUUUAUAAAGAGAAAAAUAAAAUUCUUCAUACAAAUAUUAUUUGUAUUUACCUAUUUUAUAUCCAUUAAUACAUUAUAUAAGAUAUCAUCACAUAAUAUAUAUAAUAAUAUUUAUAUAACACAAAAUAGGAUCCUUACGGAAUCACAUAACAAUAAAAAUAAAUCAUUAAGAACUUCGUAUAUAAACGAAUAUACUACAGUAGAUGAAACUGAAUAUGAUAAUGACAUAGAUGAUGUCGAGACAAACUGUCAAUUACAAGAUAAUGUAUCAACAGAAAAUGAUAACUUAGAAACCUUACUCGAAGAAUACCAUGAGGAAAUGAAAGAAAUAAAUGAAACAAAUAAGAAAUCGUUUUUUAAGAGAGGAUUAUAUUUAAUAGAUUGUCUUGAUAAUAUUUUUAUUGAUAAGUUAGUAGAUCAAAAUAUUAAAAAUAAAACCUCAUCUAUAGUAGAACAUGUUAUUGCACUAUCAGUAUUCCUGUUCCCUUGUUGUGCUAUAUUUUCCCAGAUACCAAUACAUACGUAUAUUAUUAAACGUUUUGAUUUUUUAGAAAGAUAUUAA